AAAGCACCACGCGCAGAGAAACCGGUUAGGAACGCAACGUCAUUCUUCGCACCACCGACUCGACGUAACGCAGCAGAACGAGAGCGGAGUGGAGCGGCGUUGUCCGAGGCAGGUGCUGAAGCUAUUACAGCAGAAAGAUGGCGGACGACCCCAGCGCGGCGGACAGAAACGUGGAGAUAUGGAAAAUCAAGAAGCUGAUCAAAAGUUUGGAAGCUGCCCGCGGCAAUGGCACCAGCAUGAUCUCACUGAUCAUUCCCCCAAAGGACCAGAUUUCCAGAGUAGCCAAGAUGUUGGCGGAUGAGUUUGGCACUGCUUCCAACAUCAAGAGUCGAGUUAACAGACUCUCCGUACUCGGGGCCAUCACCUCUGUACAGCAAAGACUAAAACUCUACAACAAGGUGCCACCAAAUGGUUUAGUUGUGUAUUGUGGCACAAUUGUGACAGAGGAAGGCAAGGAGAAGAAAGUCAAUAUCGACUUUGAGCCUUUUAAACCAAUCAACACCUCUUUGUACCUCUGUGAUAACAAAUUCCACACCGAGGCAUUGACAGCCCUGCUCUCUGAUGAUAGCAAAUUUGGCUUUAUUGUGAUCGACGGUAGCGGGGCACUGUUUGGCACACUGCAGGGCAACACCCGGGAGGUGUUGCACAAGUUCACUGUGGACCUACCCAAGAAACACGGCAGAGGAGGGCAGUCUGCUCUGCGUUUUGCUCGUCUAAGAAUGGAAAAGAGACAUAACUACGUGAGGAAAGUUGCUGAGACUGCUGUCCAGCUCUUUGUGUCUAACGACAAAGUUAAUGUGGCGGGAAUGGUCUUGGCUGGCUCUGCAGAUUUUAAGACUGAACUAAGCCAGUCCGACAUGUUUGACCCUAGGUUACAGGCUAAGGUUUUGAAGCUGGUUGACAUCUCGUAUGGAGGAGAAAACGGUUUCAACCAAGCUAUCGAGCUGUCGGCAGAAGUCCUGUCUAAUGUUAAGUUCAUCCAGGAGAAGAAACUCAUAGGGCGGUACUUUGAUGAGAUCAGUCAGGAUACAGGGAAGUACUGCUUUGGAGUGGAGGACACGCUGAAAGCCCUGGAAAUGGGAGCAGUGGAGAUCCUUAUAGUGUAUGAGAAUUUGGACACUAUGCGUUAUGUUCUACGUGUGCAUGGGGCAGAGAGCAACGGGGCAGAGAAUGAUGAGAAGAUUUUGUACUUGACGCCUGAGCAAGAGAAAGACAAGUCACACUUUACAGACAAGGAGACGGGGCAGGAACACGAGCUGAUUGAGAGCAUGCCACUGCUGGAGUGGUUCGCAAACAACUACAAGAAGUUUGGAGCAACGCUGGAAAUUGUAACAGACAAAAGUCAGGAAGGGUCCCAAUUUGUCAAGGGCUUUGGAGGCAUCGGGGGUAUCUUGCGGUACAGGGUGGAUUUCCAGGGCAUGGAGUACCAAGGAGAGGACGACGAGUUCUUUGAUUUGGAUGACUACUAGGUAGUCUUGGACUGAUAUUGGGAGAAAAAAAAGAAAAGAAUGAAUGAAGAAAUAAGGAAAGAAAAAUGCCACCUCUCUUGCAGCAAGUGAGAGGGGCAACUGUGUUGACCAUAUAUAUGACAGACACACCUUCCGAUUUACCUGUUGCAUACACAAACUUGCAAAAUACAUCUGUACACGACAAAAUGCAUCACAGAGGCUGAAGAGGAGUGAGAGUUUCUUUCAUCCAGAGAGGGAGAAAGCCCUUCCUGAAAUAAAUCCCUGCCUUAGAGUGCUGGUUCCUUCCCCUAGUUGGAUUGGACUUGACUCACUUUGAUUCUUUUUUUUUUUUUUUUUUUUUUGGCUUCAUCUUCCCUCAGUUUUGAACAAACACAACAGCAAGUUCCCAGAUUCCUUCUUGCUCCCUUACAUGGUCUGAUGAUGGACUUUGGACUCGCUCCUCAGAUAUAGAAAAUAUAUAUUUUCCUUUUUUGCCUCCUCAUCCUCCUACUCUCUUUCUCCCUCUCCUCUUUGCUUUCUCUCUCUCUUUUUUUGCAUUUCAUUUUUUUACUGGUAACUGCUGCUGUUGUAUUUUAUGAGAGUGGGGGAUUUUUUUUACCUGGGUUUCUGUAGAGAAAGGGGGACAAAGUAUUAAAUUUGAACUGCUGAAAACCACUUCGACCUCCUUGUGCUCUGGUCUUGAUCCUGUGCCGUGUAUGAAUUGUUUUUGAAGAAGCCACAACCCCUAUUUUAUUUCUUCUGUGUCUGAAUGAAAUGAAAUGUACAUGACAGUUCUGUAUCAGUGAAAUUUAAAAGAUGCAUGCUGAGUGUGUGCACAUUUUGAUCAGUUGCAAGCUGGCUUUAUACAUUCAAACUUGCCUAAAAAGUAACCUCAAAUCUCUUCAACAUA